AUGUUGCUGAAAUUUUCAACUGGUGUGGUAACAUUUGUUAGAAACUAUUCCACACAAAUUGGAACAAAAUUUCCUAUAAAGAAACCCCAAUUUACCAAUGUUAGAAUACCCAGAAUCUCUAAAGUCCCUAAUGUGGAAUGGACUGAUGAGCAAUUGCAAGUUUUUGAAGCUGUUAAGCGCCGCGAAUCGGUUUUUGUUACUGGGUCUGCUGGCACUGGGAAAACCAUGUUAGUUCAGGAAUUGAUUAAGACACUUAGGAAAAUGUAUGGAAAAAGGUAUGUUUGUGUGACUGCCCCAACUGGUGUUGUGGCCUGUACUCUUGGGGGUCAGACCCUUCACUCAUUUGCUGGUGUUGGCCUUGGUGAGGCAGAUGCCGAGGCGUUGCUGCCUAGGGUUUAUGGUAAUAGGUGGGUUUGUAAGAGGUGGACGAUGGUUAAAGCGUUGGUGAUUGAUGAAAUCAGUAUGGUAGAAGGGGAGUUUUUUGAUAAGCUUGAAUACAUUGCUAGAAAAGUUCGGGGAAUAGAUAAGCCGUGGGGGGGUAUUCAGCUAGUAGUCAGUGGCGAUUUCUUGCAGCUGCCACCAGUGAAUGUCGGUAAGAAUUUUGAUAAUCGAAAGGUAUUUGCUUUUGAAGCUGAUUCAUGGGAUUGUUCAUUUCAGUUACAAGUGGGUCUGAAAACAAUUUUCAGGCAAACAGACCCUGAACUUAUUAGGCUGCUUCAAGGUAUUAGAAGAGGGGAGUUAGAUGAUGAAGGUCACGAGCUGCUUAUGCAACGGCGUUGUUCUGAAGAGCCUGAUGAGGCUGUUUUGAGAUUAUUUCCAAGAGUAGAAGAUGUUAAUCGAGUAAAUGGUGCAAGAUUGGAAGGUGUGGGAGAAGAAAUUAUUGUUUAUGAAGCAUAUGAUAGCGGCGAAAAAAAUUGGAUUGAUCAAUUGGAUCGUGGAUUAGCUCCCAAGACACUUCACCUUUGUAGAGGUGCUAGGGUGAUACUAACAGUGAAUUUAAAUGUGAAGAAAAACUUGGUGAAUGGUGCUACUGGUACAAUCACAGGUUUCCGAAAGGCGAUUAAAGGUGACAUUGCGAAUAUAUGUGCUGAUAAGCUGUUGCCUACAGUGAAUUUUGACUCUGGAUGUGAGAUGGAGAUAGGUACUCGUACAUGGGAUCUAGUGAUGGGAGAUAAGAAGUGUGCUACAAGGAUGCAGUUACCCCUUAUGCUGGCAUGGGCGAUGAGUGUUCAUAAGUCUCAAGGCAUGACUGUGGACAGGCUUCACACUAAUCUCUCGCGGGCUUUUGGUUUUGGAAUGAUUUAUGUUGCUCUUUCCCGUUUAAGAACCUUGGAUGGUCUUUCUUUCACUUCGGAAAUUGACCCCAAAAAAAUUAAGGCUCAUCCUAAGGUUUUAGAGUAUUAUAACAAGCAUUUUUUGUGA